AUCAUCCAUGGUCUACAUCUAACGCCACACUUUACUUGCCAACAUCACAAGCGGUGACAUUAGAUGCCUUGUACCUUCUGGUAUUAGAAGAAUGAGUAAUAUUAUCCUCCGUGAAGUAAUUCACCAUUAAGGUGUUAAAUUACACAGGAGCUCAUUUGCAAAGGCAUAAAAUCAUUAAAAUUUAAAAAACUCCCUGCAUCGUUAACGUUAAGUAGACAAAAUGGCUGACGAGAAUGUAGACUGGUAUGCUUACGUUGAUACGCUAAUGGCGAAAGGAAACGCAACACACGACGAAAUUAAAGACGUUUACACUGCUUGGGGUAAAACAUACGAUAAGUCGAUGGUUAAAGAUCAUGGCUACACGGGGCCUACUGUUGCAGCUAAACUGUUAUCACAGAAAUUAAAGGAAUUUGGAUACAGCAAUGACGCUCGCAUUGUGGAUCUUGGCUGUGGCACUGGCCUGGUGGGGGAGCAACUGUCGAAGAAUGGCUAUAAGAAUAUUGAUGGCGUAGACAUAACUCCAGAGUUGCUUGAACUUGCUAAAGCCAAAGGAAUGUACGGUUCUUUGAAGCAGGGAAUAAUGGGCUCACCACAGUGCAAGGAAUUGGGCCUUGAAGAGAAUCAGUAUGAUGCUGCCAUUUGUGUUGGAGUAUUCACGCUCGCGCACGUGAAACAAGAAGGCUUGGAUGAUGUUGUGCACGUGAUCAAACCAGGAGGAUUGGCGUGCUUUGGUAUCCGGGAACAAGCUCUGAAUGACCCACAGAGCAAAUACCAGGAAAAAAUGGAGCAACUUUGUAAAGAUGGGAAGUGGAAAUUGGUCACAAAGCAUUAUCAGUCGGACUAUCUCAAGGAAGAUAAUGCUUGGUACUUUGUUUACCAACUAUUAUAACGUCAGUCAGAACUCUAUAGUGAAGUUCUAACUCAAUAUAAUUUACUGUAUUUCUAUGUAUCGCAAUAAAUAUAUCGCUCUUUAUGACAUCGAGUGGCCAG